AGAACCGUGUGAUUUUUAUCCACACUCCGCCUUUCCGAACGGCAGCUGUGUGAUUUUUAUACGACACACCAGUUCUCGAACGCAACCUAGUUAUGACCACACUCCACAGUUCGACACGCUUCAAACAAUGACAACAUUGUAAGUAAGAUGCAAAUUAAAACAAUUGUUAAUCGGAUCACAAUAAAAUAAUCACUAGUCGCAGUAACAUUAAUUAACUGUUUUAGUGUCGUUUCAUAGUGAUUUUAGCUGGCUAGGAACAGAAAGACAUUAAAUUGAAUGAGGUGAGAAGAGCAUCGAGCCCUGGUGUGGGAAUUUAGCGAGGAAUUUAUAGUGUUGUGUUGUGUUGUGGUACAGAACGGAGAUUAAACCAAAAAUCCGAAAUUAUUGUAUUUUGAUGGUCUUUUGAAUUUUCGAAGAAUUUAAUGGUGAAUUGUUCUAUUGUUUAUGACAAUUUCUCGGACAAUUUAAAAUAAUGUCAUCCCCUAGUGCUGGCAAAAGACGUAUGGACACGGAUGUUAUUAAACUCAUUGAAAGCAAACAUGAGGUGACAAUCCUAGGAGGACUCAAUGAAUUUUGUGUCAAAUUUUAUGGACCAAGAGGAACUCCCUAUGAAGGAGGUGUAUGGAAAGUAAGGGUGCAUUUACCAGAGCAUUACCCCUUCAAAUCGCCUAGUAUUGGCUUCAUGAAUAGGGUAUAUCAUCCAAAUAUUGAUGAAGUUUCUGGUACAGUGUGUUUAGAUGUGAUUAACCAAGCCUGGACUGCCUUAUAUGAUUUGUCCAAUAUAUUUGAAUCAUUUUUACCUCAAUUAUUAACGUAUCCCAACCCUAUUGACCCACUAAAUGGAGAUGCUGCAGCUAUGUAUCUUCACAAACCUGAAGAAUACAAGAAAAAAGUUUCAGAAUAUGUGAGGAAAUACGCCACAGAAGAAGCCCUUAGAAGUGGUGAAAAUGUCAGUUCAGACAGCGAAUCAAGUAUGUCAGAUUUCUCAGAAAACGAAGCCGAAGAUAUGGAGUUAUAACGGGGGCUGGAGGUGCCGCGCUUUACUUCUAAAUCGCUCAAUAGGACUUCCUUGGCCGUUGAAAUUUCUGAAUUUCGUAGAAUUGUAUAUUGUGGUGUGCUUAAUUCGCAAUUUUAAUAAGAUUGUUUCGCGAGUUCAUCGUUUGUUGCUAUCUGAUCUGCUUUAGGUUUGUAUAGCUGGAUUUUCAAUGUAUUAUAAGAGCAAGAAAGAAAUUUAACUUUUUUUCUAAUAAUAAGACAAUAAAGGUUAUUUUAGAGGAGCAUUCUUUAUAUGACAGCAACUAUUAUAUAUAUCUAAUAGUUUUGACUAAAAAUUGAUCUACAGAGUAUUUACCUUUCACUGAUAGAAUGUGGGUUGGGUUAGCAUCUUUAUGAAAGCUUUCAAUUAAAAUUAAGUCCCUGUAAAAAAUUCGAUAGCUGCAUGUAAUAAUUAUUAAAACAGAAAACAUUGUAUUUUUAAUUGUGUCAUAAUUUAUUUGGAUUGGUUAUUAGGUACUAUUAAAAUAUACCUAUAGAGAAUGCAUGAAAUUCGGAAAAACAAUAGUUAUACCCAGUUAUACAAAGGCAGAUCGCGGACUAAAAAUGUCAAACACAUUAGUGAAAGUUUUUUUUAGGUUCUGGUCUUCCCAUGCCUAAUUUGGUUUUGUAUAUUUGUUUGUAUAGAUUUUUUUUAAAUACUUAUCAUGGUGAAUAAACUAUGACAUUGGUAGUAAUAAAGAUAAACAAAGCAAUUUAUGUUAAUGCCCAAAUAUGUAUUUUAACAUUUUUUAUUAUUUUAUAUCACUAUAGUCUAUUUUUUUAAAAGCUGGUAUAUUCAAACUGUUACCUUAUCGUUUAUUGCAGGUGAUUCAUUAAUAUUUCUUAUCAACCGUAAAUUAGUUUCUGUCUUGAGCAUAGCGUUAUGGAGAAGUGUCUUGGAGAACAAACAAGUAAACAAAGAUUUUUUUGAAGUGUAAAUUAACUUCUUAUUAUUUAGAGUCGGUCGUUUAAUGCGGUAAACGUUUAACGCUUUGAGAGAGGGGGAAUGUAGAUAAUGAUAAGAUAGAGCGUGAGAGAACGGUACCACGCUAGCAUGGGUUUUAAGUCAAGAUAGAGAAUCUAUAAAUGGAAGAGAAAGAAAUACACAACGUGUUGUUCAUGAAAAGUAUAGAGGAAGGACAGAUGACCUUAAGCCCUGCAUCUUCUAUUCUCUUUGAUACACUGAGGGCCGAUACUUUUGCUCUCGAUUAAUGAAUUUGAUACGUUGUCAAAGUUUUGCAUGGGCCAAGGUCUAUAAGUAUGAUGUCGUUAGAGCACAUUCUAACCCCUGAUUAUUUUUAACGGCUGUCAAGUGAGAGCAAAAGUACCGGCACUGAAUGACGCAGCACUAUGCUAUUACCGUUUAUAAAAAUAUUAGUACCUACUAUGACUGUUUUUUCAUUCAACCUAUUGUCCACUAACGUCUUCUCUUCUACGCACAGACAUAAUAGCAUAAUCAUCUAUUCAGAAGUGUGGGUAGUGCGUAGCAGACCAAAAGUUUGAAAAAUAUAUCAGUGUCAAGGAUGUCAAUUUAUAGGGUUACUGUACUUCAAUGGCAUAUCUCAAAAUGGAUCCUAUAGAAUGCUUUAAUGUAAUCUUUUAACGAGUACACAUAUUUAUUUAAGUUAAGCCAAAGAAAUUAAUUUUAUUUGGACUGAUACAGUGUCGUGAAAAAUAGAGUACAUAAUAUUUUAGGCAGUGAUAAUAAUAGUAAAAAACUGGGCUUCUUUUAAGUACAUACAGGUGAUAAAUAAAAUAGGUAUAUGUUUGAUAUGACGCUUGUCAAAAUGAUAGCUAUCAUAAUACCAUUACCUGAAGAAAUGUUUAAUCCUUGAUUUUUGUGUUCGAAUAAAUUAAUAAAAAUAUUCCUCCGCAUGUAAAACUUUUUCCUUCCUGUCUAUUAAUGACACUGCCUAAACGCAUUACUAGAAAUCCAAAUUUUCUGUGACACAAAAAAAAAUAUAUUUAUUUUAAACUUAUGUUUUAUGCAUAAUAUAUUUAGAAAUUAAUUACCUAAAUUUUAAUUUGCAUUGGGUGGUUCAAGAAUCACGUUGAUAAUCAGUAGUUAUUUUAAUGUUAUUAAUUUAUAGGUUUUUUACCAUUUACUUUUUUCUAAGUCUAAUUAUACUCUUCAAUAUUUCAAGUACUAGAGACUUUUUGCAGUUUUUGGAUCAGUUAUGGUUACCUUUAUCGGGGAUAAGGAUUGCCACGACUUUCAAAAACAGAGAAUUGGCAACGCCAUACGUUUAGAUUUUUCUGGUAUUCUACGGGAUCUUUCACUAAUUUUUGGAAUUGGCAUUAUCGGAUAAAGCAAUUAAAAAUAGAAUUUUCUGCACCUUUGCUUUCAAAAAACUGAGUCUUUUUUGAGGAAAUAAAUAAAAAAAAAAACUCUCUAAAUAACAAUUUGCAAUUUUACAGUGUUGCCACUUAUUGUCAGCAUUAAAUUUUUUUAAGUUUUAAUAUUUUUCAAAAGUUUGGCAAAUACCAAGAAACAGGUAAAUUAAUUAGGGAUUCAAAAUUUUAUAACAUUUUUUAUUUUUGAACUAUUAUACACUAUUUAAAUGUAUUUUUUGUAUACAAUUAAAUUUUUUUUUACAACUGUAACGGCGCAAUCAAACCUUUAUUUACUAGCUGCAACGGGAACAGCUGUCUGCGCCUUGGCACUGGAUCACUCUUCUUAAAUUUGAUUGAUAUAGUCUAAACAAAAUCGUCUGGCGCAUUUUAAUGAAAUGAAAUUUUUCCAGUAUUGAAGUGUAGAAAGCUCAACACAAACAACACCACAACAAUACGAACAAAAUUAACAAAUGGCGGCAAACAUAUUUUAAAUGCCGUUGCUACACCUAGAAGCAAUGGCUAAUGUGAACGCUAACUCAUUCCUAUAUGUUCAGUAUUUAUAUUUAUAACAGGUGACCAUGAGAUUACUUAUUAAGCUCUAUCUUAGGCAUGGAAAUCAAGAUCGAUUUAAAUUUUGUAAAUGUAUAAUAAUAUCGAUGCAGAAUUCCAUCUUAAAAAAAUUGCUUCCGGUGCGACCUGAAGUGCCAUCAACUUCUUUAUUUCAAACGGCUCGACCCCUAUGUUAAAUAUUUAGAUUCUAGGAAAAAUGCUAAGCAUAUUUUAUAUAUAAAGUCCUAUAUCUAACAUUAACAGUUUUCUGGAAAAUCUCCAAUUAAAAAUCUCAACAAACCAAACUUUUUACCCUUGUAUUGACAUUAGACACCAAAUAUAAUGUACCUUUAUAAAAACUAUUCAAAAUUGUUCGUAGAACACGAAUUUUCAGUUAUAGUACCAUUAAAAUUAUGGCAGGAAUAUAACCUCAGAAGUUGAUCGACCGAAACCCUUCGAUUGAAUCGGAAGUGAAAUUUUUGUGUGUAGGACUCUUUAGUAUACUUCUAGAAGUUAAAAAUAUCGUUUUAGUUUGAAGUCCGUUGUAGUUCAUUACUACAACGAACAUAUUUUUGCUAUUGCGCUUGCUCAGAAUAACGAUAACCACAGCGGAAUCGCAAAAUAAGAGGUGCAAAAAGUCUCUAUUCUUAUUAUAACUAAUCUUUAAACUUAUACUUAGGUGUGUUUUCGCUGAGAUGUCAUAUAUAUUUAGUUAUGUUUUUUAAAAUAUUCCCAGUCACUUUUUUCGAUAUUUGGGAAAGAAAUGCUUUUCUCGAGUCGCAUGUAAAUUUGUACAAUAAUUCAUUGGCCUGGUAAAAUGUAGCUUAUAGGCUUUCUUGAGGCUGUAGGAAGUAGAUCAAAUUGUUGAAUGCAUAAGAAAAAAAAAUGGACGCAAUAUCUGUAAAAAAAUACUUUAUUUUGAAAAAUUCCUCAAAUUUAGUAGUACUCAGUACUCUGUUCACUGUGGACUAAAUGCGAAAUAAAAUUAUGGUGGUUUACAUCAUCGAUUUAUUCUCAUUAGCGAAGGUUAGAUCCAAUAUGUGAUAUGUUGACCUUUAUAAUAACAAAAUAAACAUUGAUAUUCAUUAGAAAAUAGUAGGUAACAAAUAAACUUUUGUUUGUUUUUGGGAUUUUCAGUUUUCUGCAUAUUAGAUUUUCUCUCCCUGAAUAAAUAGCAGCGUGCUGCUUAACCAAGAUGUAACAUAAUGAUGUAAUUUUAAUUUAAGAGUUUGGAAUAUUAAGAUAAAAAAGAUACUUCUCCUCUUUAUAGAAAACACAUAUACCUAUAGAUUAGAUUAUUUGAAUAAAAAUUGUUUUAAUACACAA